AUGGUUCCGUCGUUCGGCGCGCUUCAAUCGUUCGCAUUGGCGACGAUCGUGCUUGUCGCCAGUCAUGCCACCGUCGCACACGCCCAGUGGGGGUGGGCGCAGGGCGCGGGGGAAACGCAGCUGCGCGCGGAGUACGAGAGCCGUCUGUUCCGCGGCGUGGUGACGGUGCUGGUAACCACCGAUGAAGUCAAACUGCUGUUACCAACACCGGACGAGCUGAGGAAGCCCAACCCCACCUUCGACUACGCGCCCUCCCACGAGCGCUUCCCCCUGCCGCAGGGUUCAGCGCGCUUCACGGCCAUCAGCCAUGUGGACGUGUUCUACGACCCGCUGGGCUGCCUGCCGCUGGGCGACCUCGCCGCCACGCCCCUCGCCGCCUCCACCGCUCUGCAACGCAUCCCACCGAACCUGCAGCGCAUCUGCCACUCGUGCUUCUUCUAUUUCACCUUCUCCUUCCUCUCGCCGCGCGAUGCCGACGCGGUGGGAGCGGGGUGCCAGCGUGUGUCGGACAAGUACAGUGUGUGCGCGCCUGACACCAUUCCCGCCGUGUUUGGGGCGGCGCCGGCGGGAAUUCCCGAGGUGCAGAGGGCGUCGGGGUUUCUGUUUCCCGACUCGGAGCUUGCGGAGGAAGAUUCCUCCUCCAAGCUGCGCGAGCCCUCCCUCUCCCUCGCCCAGAUAGCGCUGCCAGGGGUGGGGGCGCUGCUGACGUUCAACACGACGCCGCAGUGGGACAGCACGCUGCAGGUGUGGCAGCCCAAGUACUACCUCGCCACCAAUGGCUCCAAGGUGGUGGGGGUGGGGCAGGCGGUGACGACAACGCUGAUCAACGAGGCCUACGUGGCGUACGACACCAAGCGCACCACCUACGACGCCUACACGCACGCGCUCGUCUCCCCCUUGUCAGCGAAUGCCACGUACGGGGCGCUGGGCGUGGCGGGCGCGUUCCCCAAGGACCUCUCCUUGGGCCUCGCCGCGCCCCGCCAAGGCACCUUCCAAGUCGUUGCCUCUGGCUUCUCCCAGGUGACACCUAAGUCGGCACCUCUUCAUGCAGCUGUCCCUCUCUCACUGCCUCUGGCAAUCAUUGCCGCAGCUCUUGCCGCUCUCCUCUAA